GAAGGAGGAUUCGUGGAGGACGUUCGGGUUCUGGGGGCCUAGGCCGCCGCUAAGAUUGGGGCGUAUGCGCUGGGCCUUUCUGGAGGUCUGGGAAAGAGGAGAUUUCAGCUAUGUUCGCGCCCGCGAUAAUGCGGGCUCUGCGCAAGAACAAGACCCUGCGCUACGGAGUCCCCAUGGUGUUGCUGAUUGUUGGAGGUUCUUUUGGGCUUCGUGAAUUUACACAAAUCCGAUAUGAUGCUGUGAAGAUUAAAAUUGAUCCUGAAUUGGAAAAAAAACUGAAAGCAAAUAAAGUAUCUUUAGAGUCAGAAUAUGAGAAAAUAAAAGACUCUACUUUUGAUGACUGGAAGAAUAUUCGAGGACCCAGGCCUUGGGAAGAUCCUGACCUCCUCCAAGGAAGAAAUCCAGAAAUCCUUAACACUAAGACAACCUGACUAUGCUGAUUCCUUUUUUUUUUUUUUUUUUUUUUUUUAAGAAAAAAGUUAUCAUAUGGACUUCCCACUACAUACUUUUAUCUAGUGGAAAAAUGUCAGGCCUGUGGAAACUUGGAUAUGGGCAGUUUGAUGGCAGAUAAUCUUGAUAAAAAAUGAAUUAUAGGUCUUUAUACCUGUUAGCAAUUCUAUUUGCAAAUGAAAGUACAGUGUUGGCCACAUGUAUUUUAUACCUAUCAAUAAAAAAUGUAAAUCCUG